AUGGGCAACUCGCAGGGCAAAGAGGCCACGCCGGAGCGGAGAGGCCACGCCCGCCGCUCCAGUGCCCACCAGCCCACCUCGCCCUCCGCUGCCGGGCCCGCCGCAUCCACACACGACAGGCCGGGGAACAGUCCCUAUGGAAACUCGCGGAGAGACAGAGGCAGCAGACCGGACCUGUCUUUCCUCGGCAUACGCACCGGCGACAAUGCCGAACGCGACCCCGCCCUUGAACCGCGCCGGGAGACAAAGGCGGAGCGCGAGGCCCGCAAGCUGGAGAAGGACCGCAUCCUGAGGGCUCAGGAGCGCGAGAGGAGUUUGAAGGAGGAAGGCGUCGACGGAGGAUACCUGGUCACGCUCGGGGUAUACACGGGACCAGAGGACUUCAGCAAGCCCACGGUGCGGCAGCUACAGAUUGAGCGACGACUCGCUCCCUUCUGGCGGGGUCUCGAUGACCACGAAGAUACUUGGACUGAGCACCAGCUUGUCGAGGUCGUCAACGGCCGCCCGCUGCCCGCCGCAGAUGACAUACCUCCCGAAGAGCCGCCUCGAGUCACCACGAACAACCAUCUCAGCACGGCAUGGAACCCGCGCAGCUCAGAGCCCAGUCUCAACAAGCUCACGGUGCCCAUGGGCGCUCGCUCCAUGUCUCAAGAGCCAGAGCGCGGAGGUGGUCUCUCCCCGUCGAAUCCCACCUUCUCCCUCCCCUCGCCUGGCUCUCCGAUCGCGAACAACUCCUCGUCCUCGCCAUUCUUCCGUGGCCGCGCCAAAACACUUGCCUCUCUCGCGACCGGUUCCCGCAAUGCUUCGCAGUCUGACAUGGCCCCGCAAGAACUACACCUCCCGAAAGACCCGUACGUUAAUGGCCAACGGGUUGAGGCUUUUCUCUACAAGAAUGCCUCCGAGUGCCCUAUCUGCUUCAUGUACUAUCCGCCACAUCUGAACAAGACGCGUUGCUGCGAUCAGCCCAUCUGCUCAGAGUGCUUCGUCCAGAUCAAGAGACCCGAUCCACAUCCACCAGAGCACCACGGAGAACCAGGCGCUGAGAGUGCGCAAUCUGCUGAGCCGGAGGAAGAGGUUCAGCUGGUCUCGGAAGCAGCUGCUUGCCCGUACUGCACACAAACCGAGUUUGGAGUGACCUACGAGCCGCCGCCUUUUAGGAGAGGGCUCGUCUACAAUGGUCAGGGCCACAACGGCAUGGGUAGUGCGACGUCGGCAAUGUCAUCCACCUCGUCCUUGAAUUCGCCUACUGCGGCCGGUCCUGGUAGAAGAAGGGCGACGUCACUGGCAGUCACGGACAAGACUGUGAUAACAACCGACAUGGUGCGGCCUGAUUGGGCCAAGAAACUGGCAGACGCAAAAUCACACGCUUUGCGAAGGGCUGCCGCCGCCACUGCGCUACACAAUGCUGCAUACAUGAUGGGAAAUCUUCCACAAGGAGAGAGCCGGUUCGGCCUUGGAAGACGAAGGCGGAUCUUCACUAGUGACAGCGCUGGUAGCAGUGGACACGGGACACCACGCCGUGAAGGUGAAAGCUCGUCUGGUCAGCCAGGAAACUCGGGCGACCUAUACCCUAGCCGAAUAAGCUCAAGGAGAGGAAACAGGAUUGAUGACCUCGAGGAGCUCAUGAUGAUGGAAGCGAUACGUCUGAGUCUGGCAGCCGAAGAAGACCGCAAGAAGAGGGAAGAGAAGGACGCCGCCAAAGAAGCUAAGAAGGAGGGCAAGAAGAAGGCCAAGGAGAUCAAGAAGGUUGCCAAAGCCCAACGGAAUAUCGGCAGCGGCUUCCACCCCAUCGAGAUUGAUGGCAUCGACGAAACGGAAGCGGGCAGCUCUGCGGCGGCUGGGAAAGGAAAGGGAGUUGAUCGAUCUGGUGGCGCCGGUGGCUUCAAUCCCAUGUCAGAACCGACGUCGACUUUGAACACGCCGGCUACCAAGGACGACCCGCAGGCACAUCUCGAAGCUAGUCGCGCCCAGAUUCAGCGGGAGAAGUCCGACACUAGCAAUCCAGCUCCUUCUCAUCCUGAACGCACCAAAUCCAACGCCUCUUCAUCCUCGUCGUCGUUCGCCGACUCAUUCCAGAAUUCACUACAACAGCAGGAAAACCAAAACAACCUCGCACCCGGGUCUUCUUACGUGCCUAGUUCAAAUGCAUCAGGUAUCAGCUUAGCCCAAGGCGACACCGAUACCCCCCCACAGGAUUCGAAUAGCACGGAGCCAAUGUUCAACUUCCAAAGUCUCACAAAGGCGAUCACCCCCGAAGACGACAACAAGAAUGAGAACAAACCCCAAUAUAUCGAGGACGUAGGCGAGACGCAUACUGAAGAGAAAGCUACAACUGCAAACGGCAAGGCGCCUGAAGCUCCAACAGCCGCAGAGAGCGAGACCUCUGAGCCUCUAGCUGAGAGCACAGUGACGCUCAGGCCAAGCGAAGAGUCACCAAAGACGCAGGACGCCCAAUCAAACGACGACGACGAGAUCAGCCCCGCGCCGCCCAUUCAACUCGUCUCAGAUGACCACUCCCACUUCGACCAGAAGCACCUCGGCGAAGUAAGCAUGAUGCACGAGUUGAACCACCAAGCCACUCAGUGA